UUUACCACGAAGUAGUACACUGUUCUACCGUCGUUUUUUUUAAUAUAUACCGCUGAGUAUUAGGGUAAUCAUUAUUUUUUAAAUAAAAACCGAAUAUAAAUUAUAAAAUAAUUUCGAAAAAGAAUCAUACAGACAUAUACACCAUUUAUUUUUAUAGUUCAGUGAAACAUUAGCGAGAGUUAAAAAAGACUAGGCUCGAGUUAUUCGUUCCCACAAUUCCGCGCGAGCUUCUUCUCAUUCCUUUUCAAUCUUUGCUAAAAAGCUUUCAGCAAAAAAUAUAAAAUGGGUCACCAAAACUUGUGGUUUAGUCAUCCUAGAAACUUCGGGCCAGGCUCUAGAAGCUGGUAAGAUAUAAUCCAGUGUAUAAACUUGCUAUAUAUUAAAUUUGAGCUGCCGAUUAGUCGCGCGUUUCGAAAUAAAGCGGUUUUAAAAAUUGCAUUCUGAACAUAUUGAAUUUUCAAGAUGGCGGCCUAGACACGUGUUAUUGUUGUUUGUAUACCACAGUAAGGGAAGAAUAAGUGAUUUUAGAUGCAUAACCGCUAGAGACUGAAGUUUACAAUGCCACAUGCAAAGCAGUCUUGAAAUUAAAAGUUAGUGCAUUUUCAAAUGUGAGGUCUAGUGUAGGUAUUUAUAUUUUAUAGCUGCUAUGGUUUGUGUUUAUUUAAAAUCGCAUGAAAAAUUUAAACACUCUUCGACUCCUUGUAGAGGAGGACCUUUACUCUAAACGUCAAAGUGUGUUAAAUGUCUUUUGAUACUUCAAACCACGGCAGCUUUACGACGUUUUGACAGUAAUACCAUCUAAUUUAUUUCAUAGCCGAGUAUGCUCAAACCGACAUGGUUUAAUUCGCAAGUAUGGUAUCAACAUGUGCCGUCAGUGCUUCAGACAAUAUGCCAAAGACAUUGGAUUUCAGAAGGUGUGUGGAUUGUAAAAUUACACAUAAAUACCAGUAUGCAAUUCACAGGGUUUUUCAAACCCAUGAAAAUAUGCCCCCCCCCCCUUAUCCCUGAAAUUCAUAGCCAUCCCCCCAAACAAAAGUCAACAUUGACUAUGGCUUUAACAGUAGCUAUUAUCACACCACUGGAUACAUUCCCUUACGACAUCUUCACCCCCUACCAUUUACUACAUAUGUCUCAAUGGUAAUUUAAUCUUUUCUAUUUUAGUUCCAUUGAGAACACCAUAAGAACUGAAGAUCAUGCUGCAAAGGCAAAGAUUAUAAGACUUACCUGUGUUUGUAAAAUGGUCUGUUGA